AUGUCAUCUGAGCAAUACGUCCUCUUUGAUCUCCCAAGCCGAGAUCCUGUCGGUGCUUGGUCUCUCAACCCAUGGAAGACUCGAUUUCUCUUGAACUUCAAGGGAAUCGAUUACAAGACCGAAUGGCUCGAGUACCCCGACAUCAAGCCCACUCUUGAGCCUCAUGUCCCCGCCAACCCAUCCACUGGAACAUGGACCAUCCCAACCGUCAAGUUCCCCAAUGGAGAAUACAUAAUGGACUCCAACGCGAUUCUCGAGCGCGUCGAGAAGGACCACCCUGAGCCCUCCAUUCACAAGGACUCACCCGUCCUCGCCAAGCUCUUCUCAAUCAUGCCAAAUAUUAUGGGCGCCCUUCGUCCUGUCUACUUCUACACCGUGCCCAACAACAUCCUCAGCGAAAAGAGCGUCCCUUACUGGCACGAGACACGAUCCAAGAUGGCCGGCCAGCCUAUUGAUGAGCUUCACAAGGAGAAGGGCGGCCAACAGGCUUGGGAUAACGCCAAGGCACAUAUCCACGAGGUUGAGGCUCUGUUGAAGGAGAACUCAGAGGGGCCUUUCUUCUUGGGAAAGACUCCUAGCUAUGCUGACUUUGUCUGGGGUGGCUUCUUGAUCUUCAUGCAGCGUAACAACAUCAUUGAGGAAGUGUACAAGAUCAGUGGUGAUAGCCAGCUGCACAAGGACCUUCUCGAGGCUACCGCUCCCUGGCACAAGCGAAAUGACCACUGA